AUGGACGUUUGUAAAUCCAUUUUCCUCACAUUUUGUAUAAGAAGUGCAGUAAGCAUGAUUCGUGAUUUUGCCACUUGCCACGACGACUUUGAACUAAAACCUCCAGAUGGCAUUUUGGACGGUCAUACAUUUAAGUGGUUAGGCUUCAUUUAUUAUGUGCAUGUUGCCACGACGUUACCGCAUCAAUCAAAAUCUCCACGUGUGGUGCUCAUUCACAAACAAUUUGUACUCGGCACCGCCACUGACCUGAUGCGAUUGCCAAAGAACUAUAAACUCGGGAACGUCAUAUUUGGUGAUUACCACCGCGACGAGGAUGAAUGUGGUCUAACUCAUGAACAAAUCAAAAUUGGUCGCAACUGCCCGCGCGCUUACUUUGAGAUACCUCACCUAGAAGUAAUGCCACAUCCAGAAUAUACCAGAUUUAGAAGAGCAAACAGCUUAGCCAUUGUUAAACUUAUGCGUCCUUUAAAAUCUGCUUACAUGCUUCCAAUUUGCCUACCAUCUUUGAAUGAACGGAAAAAGAAACGAAGAAACAGAAACGUCUUCAUGGUUGAUUAUCUUAGCGCUGUUCCUUUGGAAAUUGAUUCCGAAAAAAUGGCCAAAAAAACAUUGAAAUUGUAUUCUUAUAGAGAUUGUAGAAGACAUCAAAUAAAAAAGAAAAUUGAAAACGAUAGUAUGACUCACGUGCUUUGUACUACUGGUUGUGGCAUUCGUCCCGGUGCACCUAUCGUCAGUCAUGACUCAGACGGUAUGUUUCAACUCAUCGGAGUGUCGGCGGGCAGUGAACCUUGCUCUCACCAUUCGAGGCGAAAUCGUAUGAACGAUGAACCACCACUCUAUAUUGACGUAUACCCUUAUGUCACAUGGAUAAUAAAUGUUGUGACCGCAAGUGUGAUGCCACACCCUUAUCCCGCAAAUUUCAUGCUCGUUGAAGGUGGAUCAGGUAUCGGUAUUCGCACCGGUUUUUAUAGAUCGCAAAAACAACAAAAAUAUGGAUGGAAGGGACAGACCUUUGUAUCAGGAAAUUAUUGUUUCAAAAGCCCAAAACGUCAAAGAAGAACUGUAUUUUUUUAUUCAGAGAAAUUUGUAGCAAGUGCCGGUCCAGAAGCUAAACUCACGAUAUUUAUUAAGAUUUCAGCUGGAUUAGAAUGCACCAUAACGUGCGCCCGUUUGUUAGUACCGAAUCACAAAUCAACCCCUGUUAUCGACGGCGUCGGUGGCUUCAAUAUCAGCGUGCAACUUGACACUCAUUGGUUUCCAAAAGGGUUCUCCUUCACACUUGGCCUCCACGGAAAGAACUCAACACCAGCUGAUAUAGACAAGUGGUGGUCGCAACGGGGGACAGGGUUAUGGUAG